UAUGACUUGCAAUUCGUGGCUGUGGUAGGGAUAAUUUUUGGUUUCGGGGAAAUCUAAGUUUAAACGUCGUUGGUGGAAUUGGAUUGGAAGCAUGUAUAUUGAGGAAUUGAAGAAAGGGGACCUGGAAAGUAGAGAGAAAGAGUCGGUUGCUGAUGUUUCCCAUAGCGGAAUUGCUGUUUCGGAUGCGAAAAGGUCUUUGAUUGGUGUAGGAGCUCGUGUUCUGUUCUACCCAACUCUGCUGUAUAAUGUUGUCCGGAACAAGAUUCAGUCGGAGUUUCGUUGGUGGGAUGGGGUUGAUGAGUUUAUAUUGCUAGGGGCUGUUCCAUUUCCUACGGAUGUUCCCCGCCUUCAACAACUUGGUGUUUGUGGAGUGAUCACGCUAAACGAGCCGUAUGAGACAUUGGUUCCCACUUCACUGUAUCGUGCUCGUGGAAUUGAACAUCUGGUAAUUCCUACUAGAGAUUACCUUUUUGCUCCAUCGUUUGGAGAUAUAUGCCAAGCUGUAGACUUCAUACACAAGAAUGCUUCUUUUGGGAAAACGACAUAUGUUCACUGUAAAGCAGGCCGGGGACGUAGUACAACUAUUGUUCUUUGUUAUCUGGUGCAGCACAAGCAGAUGACACCUGAUGCUGCAUAUGAAUAUGUGAGAUCUAUUAGACCGAGGGUGCUCUUGGCAUCUUCACAGUGGGAGGCUGUCCAAGAGUACUACCGUCUCAGGGUGAAGGGAGCCUGUGUCUCUAGCUUCUUGCACAAUCCAUUUGUGAAAGCAUUAGCUUCCCCAGCCGCAACCAAAGACUUUGCAGCCUUUGAUGACGGCUCUGUAGUAGUUGUAACCAAAGCUGACCUUGAUGGAUAUGAUGCUAGCUGCGACUCUAGUAUUGUUGGCAAUGAGGUAUGGGCAGAGCUGAGCCUGGUCUAUAGGGUACAGUUUGCUGGUCAAGGAGUCCUGGCAAGGCUUUCAUGUCUGUGGCUUCGCUGCCACACACGACAGAGAAUAUCAGGUGAGAAGCUCAGCAGGGAGAGCAGCUGCUCUGUGGAGGCCGACAAGUUGCGAGGGGUUGGUGUAGACAUUCAUGUCUAUUGAGAGGUGCUGAUGUGUUGGUGAAGGUGUACAGAGGUUUUAUUGGUCUUUUUUCUUUUGGGAGUGGAGCUCGGCAUGCCCUCACCUGGAAGUAAAGUAGCACGCCCUGCAAUAACUGUCAUGUAGCAGUUUAGGUGGGGCCGAAAUUUUGUGUAUAGGUGAACCUCAAACUCACCUGUCAAAUUCAGGUCCAAUCCAAGUCUGUCCAGUGGCAAAA